AUGAGCAACUUCGAAACUCCAUCAUCAGCCCUUCAAGCAAGCGCAGAAAAGUACCCCAAUCGCGUUGUACUGAAGAUCCCAAACCAAUCACCUGAGGGAUUAGUGUUCAAGGAUGUCACUCUAGUUCAAUUUCGAAAGGACGUUGAGUUGUCUGCAAGAUAUUGGAAGAAUCAGAUUUCUCAAGUCGGAGCCAAGGACAGGGCAGUUGUUGGUGUCUGGCUUAGAGGCUACUCUUACUCGGAUGCAGUCCAUAUCUGGGGCCUCAGCUGGGCAGGCUACAUCCCUCAGCUGAUUUCCCUUCGGAUGACUGACCCAACUGUUGUCUAUGAGCUUCUCGAAAAUGGCCAGGCUGUGGCUUUGGUGUAUGAACCUCAGUUCGAAUCGAUGCUCCAGAAUGCACCCUUGCCAAUCUUCCGGGGUGGCGAUGAUUGUUUCAAAGCGAGUCUGGAAGAAUUGCCCCCUGGAGCUCCUUGGUUACCUACCAAGCCUGACGAAGUAGUGUUCAUCUAUCAUACUUCUGGAUCGACCUCGGGUAUUCCAAAACUUGUCCCUGACACUGCAAAAUGGGUAGACCACAUCAUUCGAAAGUCUGGAACUUGGGAAGCCGGGUGCAACAUGUCCAGAGAACGUAUGACCAGCUCGCACAUUGGGAGCUUCUGCCAUAUGGCUGCAUCCUUCAUCUUAUGGUUCGCUGUAAGAGAAGGGUCUUGUGUCAUCUUGCCAAGUGUAAUGCCCCAGCCUAUAUCUGAGAUCAAGUAUCUCCUCGAUGAACAUGGCUUAUCCAACCUUUGUCUUUUUCCACCCUUUAUGUCCGCCAUCAUCCGGCAAGCUCGUAACGACCCAUCCCUUCUUGCAUCACUCAAGAAGGCAGAUUGCGUGGGGUCUGGAGGGUUGGAUCCAGAUCCUGCAGAUGUAGCUUGGGGACGAAGCCAGGGCCUUCACAUGCUUAACGUCCUUGGAUCUACGGAGCUUGGUAUGCCUAUGCAAUCCGAUGCUCGAGAGAAUACCGACUACCUGCUGCCAUUAUCUGGUAGUAAGUAUGAGUUUGUUCCCAUAGGGGAUAGCCUGGAGUCGGGUGAGCCACUACUGGAGCUAGUAUGUCUCCCAGAGUCACCAGAUUGUCCCGUCCCUAGUCUGUGCGCCGCCAAUGGAAAAUUUUACUCGGGAGACCUGUUUAUCGAGCCUUCGCCUGGUAAGUACUUAUGUAAGGGCCGGAAUGACAACUGGAUCAAAAUGCAGUCGGCCCUCCGAUGUGACACCGCCUCCAUCGAGUUCAAUGUUAUGGAAACUUGUGGCGACGAUUUGGUCAAUGCUGUUAUCGUGGUAGGAAUGGGACGACCCUGCCCGACAAUCAUGGUUGAGCCGAAGGGCAAUUCAAUCAUGAGCUCUGAGGCAGUUGAUGACUCGGAAUCAGCGGAGAAGCUGAAGGGGGAAAUAUUGAAGAGGAUCGAGCCAUUUCACAAGAGGCGAUAUGAGCAUGAAAGGGUUAGUCACACGAGGUACAUCGUCGUUGUUCCCCAAGGAUCUAUGCCUCGAACUAUCACCAAGGGAAACGUACGUCGAAAGGAAGUUGAGAAAAUGUAUGAGGCAAUGUUGGAUACCUUGUACGCGAUAUAA